UUAAGUCUCCUAUUGAAUCCCCCAUUAUCUGUAACUCCCUUAAUCUCGAUUCACUACUAGCCAUAACCCCUAAUUCCCCAUUUUACAGUAUGUGAAUAAUGUCUGUUCUCCUUAACUUGUGUGCUUUACUCCGUUUGAGUAUAUGAUUCUGGCGACUAUCAUCGCUAACUGCAUCGUUCUGGCUCUGGAGCAGCACCUGCCUGCAGAAGACAAGACCCCCAUGUCCAGGAGACUGGAAAAAACGGAGCCCUACUUUAUCGGGAUGUUCUGUUUUGAAGCGGGAAUAAAGAUCGUAGCUUUGGGAUUCGUGUUCCAUAAAGGAUCGUACCUGAGGAACGGCUGGAAUGUGAUGGAUUUCAUCGUGGUGCUUAGCGGGAUUCUGGCCACAGCUGGAGCUCAUAUGAACAUCCCAGUGGACCUGCGGACGCUGAGGGCGGUACGAGUGCUGAGACCGCUGAAACUGGUGUCCGGAAUUCCCAGUCUACAAAUUGUGCUGAAGUCCAUCAUGAAGGCCAUGGUGCCUCUGCUGCAGAUUGGCCUGUUGCUGUUCUUCGCCAUCCUCAUGUUCGCCAUCAUCGGUCUGGAGUUCUACAGCGGACGCCUGCACAGCACCUGCCUACCCGCUGCAGAUAUACGAGAGAAUGAUACAGUGGCGGUGUGGAAGUUGGAGUUUCCCUGUGGGUUCAGGCCGUGUCCGAACAAAUACUUCUGCUCAGAUCAGUGGAUUGGCCCGAAUGACGGAAUCACGCAGUUCGACAACAUCCUGUUCGCUCUGCUGACUGUAUUCCAGUGCAUCACCAUGGAGGGCUGGACCACCGUGCUGUAUAAUGCUAAUGAUGCUCUGGGUCCCUCAUACAACUGGCUGUACUUCAUUCCGCUCAUCAUAAUCGGAUCUUUCUUUGUGCUGAACCUGGUUCUGGGAGUUCUCUCUGGGGAGUUUGCGAAGGAAAGGGAGCGGGUGGAGAACCGGAGGGCGUUUAUGAAGCUGCGUCGGCAGCAGCAGAUCGAGCGUGAGCUGAACGGGUACAGAGCCUGGAUCGACAGGGCAGAGGAGGUGAUGCUGGCUGAGGAGAAUAAGAACUCUGGACCUUCUGCGCUGGAUGUGCUGAAGAGAGCCACCACCAUAAAGAGGCGAGGGGUGGACGCCAUCAGGCGCGGUCCAGAGGAGCAGUACGCCGACAUCGCUUCUGUAGGUGUUCCUCUGAACAGGGCGAGUAUCCGCAGUGCUAAACGAGGACCGACGGCGUAUUUCCGGAGGAAAGAGCGACUGCUGCGUAUCUCCAUCCGCCGCAUGGUGAAAACACACACCUUCUACUGGACCGUUCUGGGCCUGGUAGCCCUCAACACCCUCUGUGUGGCCAUAGUUCAUCAUAAGCAGCCCCACUGGCUGUCCUGUUUCCUCUAUUAUGCGGAGUUCCUGUUUCUGGGCUUGUUUCUGACGGAGAUGUUCCUGAAGAUGUACGGCCUCGGCCCACGCCUCUACUUCCACUCCUCCUUUAACUGCUUUGACUGCGGGGUGAUUGUGGGCAGUAUAUUUGAGGUGAUCUGGGGGUUCUUUAGACCGGGCAUGUCGUUUGGUAUCAGUGUCCUGCGUGCUCUCCGACUGCUGCGCAUCUUUAAAAUCACCAAGUACUGGGCGUCAUUGAGGAACCUGGUGGUGUCUCUGAUGAACUCCAUGAAAUCCAUCAUCAGUCUGCUCUUCCUCCUCUUCCUCUUCAUCGUGGUGUUUGCCUUGCUGGGGAUGCAGCUCUUCGGGGGGCGGUUCAUCUUCGAGGAUUACACUCCCACCAACUUCGAUACCUUUCCAGCUGCCAUCAUGACUGUGUUUCAGAUCCUGACGGGAGAGGACUGGAAUGAGGUGAUGUAUAACGGCAUUCGCUCUCAGGGCGGAGUCAAGUCUGGAAUGUGGUCCUCCAUUUAUUUCAUCGUGCUCACGCUGUUUGGAAACUAUACCCUGCUGAACGUCUUCUUGGCCAUCGCUGUCGACAACUUAGCCAACGCCCAGGAGCUCACCAAGGAUGAAGAGGAGGAAGAGGAGGCCUUUAAUCAGAAGCAUGCUCUGCAGAAGGCGAAGGAGGUGGGACCCAUGUCCUCCUUCAUGUGUUCAGAGAGGAGGAGGAGGCCCUACCUGUACAGGAAGCGAGCGAUCCACCGCAGCCGAGCCGCCUACUCUCUGGAGGAGUCAGACGUUCCUCCUCUCAAUGCCUCUAACUCUUUCAUGUCCAGGAGAGAAAGAAGACGGCGGCUGACCUUGUCCGUGUGGGAGCAGAGGACCAGCCAGCUGCGGCGCCACCGGCAGAUGUCCAGCAGGGAGAUCCUGUACACCAGCACCAACGAGGAGCGGACCUCGCCCUCGCACAGCAUCCGCCGAACUGCCGAGGUGUCCAGACCGACGUCCCACAGCCUCAGACUCCCCACAGAGAAGGACGUCCAUGCGUCCCUCAGCCUGAGACGACUUUCAGACCUCACUGCUCUGGAGCCGGCACCCCUGGACCUCUCCUUGGGCGAGGAGGACGUUUCAUUACCUCUUCCAGAGCCGCCCAUGGCAGUGAACAUUCCCGCCCCAGACGCUUCCUCAAGCCUGCAAGUACCCGAGUCAGAAACCUCCCUCAGCAGCUCUCAGAGCUUCGGGAACCGCCUGAGGCUCAAUGGAGAGAAGAGGCAAAGGGCGAUCCGGAAACACAGACCACCCCCGGAUUUGGAUUCCAGGUCCUGGAGGCCGCAGCAGCUCAGAGACGCAGAGGAUGACCAGAGUCGCUCCAGCAGCCAAGAGAGGAGGACGGGGAAAGAGGAGGAGCAAACAGAGGAGAAGAAAAACGGCAAUGGAGGACAGACCAGCCCAGAUGGCACCACGGCUGAGCAAAGUGAACCAGCAGAUUCAGAGCCAGCCACACUGCAGAUCACCGACAGCACAGUCCUGGAGCACAAAACGACCACCAGGGGCGCUACUGAGGCCGAGAACAACAAUGCCCCCUUCUCUCUGGACCAGGAUAAAACCAGUGUGAUGAUAGAGGUGACUGAUCCUCAGCAGGGUCUGGAGCUGUCCACCACAGCUAACAGUAAAGACCAGGAGGCCACAAAAUCAGAGAAGGAAGAUGAAGAAGUGCCAAAAGGUCCACCUCCAAACAGCAUGUUCAUCUUCAAACCUCACAACCCUGUGCGUAAGGCCUGUCACUACGUGGUUAAUCUGCGUUAUUUUGAGAUGUGUAUCCUGUUGGUAAUCGCUGCCAGCAGUAUCGCUUUGGCUGCUGAAGAUCCAGUGUCCACAAACUCUGACUGGAACAAAGUGCUCCGUUACUUUGAUUACGUAUUCACCGGAGUCUUCACCUUUGAAAUGAUAAUUAAGAUGAUUGAGCAGGGACUGAUACUUCAUGACGGCUCGUAUUUUCGUGAUCUGUGGAAUAUCCUGGAUUUCGUGGUGGUGGUGGGAGCACUGGUGGCGUUCGCUCUCACGAAUAAUAAAGGGAGAGAUAUUAAAACCAUUAAGUCUUUGCGGGUUCUGCGAGUUCUGAGGCCUCUGAAAACCAUUAAGAGGCUCCCCAAGCUGAAGGCAGUGUUUGACUGUGUCGUAACGUCUCUGAAGAACGUCUUCAACAUCCUGAUCGUCUACAAGCUCUUCAUGUUCAUCUUCGCGGUCAUCGCCGUCCAGCUCUUCAAAGGGAAGUUCUUCUACUGCAAUGACGGAUCAAAAGAUACGGAGAAAGAGUGCCAUGGGUACUACAUAGAUUAUGAUAAGGAUAAGAAAGAGUUGAAGAAGCGCGAGUGGAAGAGGCACGAUUUUCACUACGAUAACGUGGUCUGGGCCCUGCUGACCCUCUUCACCGUCUCCACUGGAGAAGGAUGGCCACAGGUCCUGCAGCACUCGGUGGACGUGACGGAUGAAGACCAGGGUCCGAGUCGAGGGAACCGGAUGGAGAUGUCUAUUUUUUACGUUAUUUAUUUCGUGGUGUUUCCGUUUUUCUUUGUAAACAUUUUUGUAGCUCUGAUCAUCAUCACCUUUCAGGAGCAGGGAGACAAGAUGAUGGAGGAGUGCAGCCUGGAGAAGAACGAGAGAGCUUGCAUUGACUUUGCCAUCAGUGCCAAACCCCUGACCCGCUACAUGCCCCAGAACCGCCACACCGUUCAGUACCGGCUGUGGCACUUUGUGGUUUCACCUUCAUUUGAAUACACCGUGCUGACCAUGAUAGCCCUCAACACCAUCGUUCUCAUGAUGAAGUAUUACUCGGCGCCCCCUAUGUAUGAUGUAGUUCUGAAACACCUGAACACGGCCUUCACCGUGCUGUUCUCUGUGGAGUGUGUUCUGAAGAUUCUGGCAUUUGGUUUUAUGAAUUAUUUCCGGGACACGUGGAAUAUUUUUGACUUCAUCACUGUGCUGGGGAGCAUCACUGAGAUCGUGGUGGAGCUGCAGUCAGCAUCCUUCAACAUGAGCUUCCUGAAGCUGUUCCGAGCGGCUCGGCUGAUAAAGCUGCUGCGGCAGGGCUACACCAUCCGUAUCUUACUCUGGACCUUCGUCCAGUCCUUCAAGGCUCUGCCAUACGUCUGCCUCCUCAUCGCCAUGCUGUUCUUCAUCUACGCCAUCAUCGGGAUGCAGGUUUUCGGUAACAUAAAGCUGAAUGAAGAAACUCACAUUAAUCAACACAACAACUUCAAAACCUUCUCCAGUGCCCUAAUGCUACUCUUCAGGAGUGCUACAGGUGAGUCGUGGCAGGAGAUCAUGUUGUCGUGUUUGGGGGGUCAGAAUUGUGAGGCGGACCCCUCGCUGAACUCUGAGCCUGACGGGGGCUGUGGGACGGACUUCGCUUAUUUCUACUUCGUCUCUUUCAUCUUCUUCAGUUCCUUCCUGAUGCUGAAUCUGUUUGUUGCUGUUAUUAUGGAUAAUUUUGAGUAUCUGACUCGCGACUCCUCCAUUCUGGGUCCUCAUCACCUGGACGAGUUUGUGCGAAUGUGGGGGCAGUACGACCGAGCUGCCUGUGGCCGUAUUCACUACACUGACAUGUACGAGAUGCUGACCUACAUGUCUCCGCCGCUUGGCCUGGGCAAGAAAUGUCCCUCCAAAGUGGCUUAUAAGAGGCUGGUUCUGAUGAACAUGCCAGUGGAUGAAGAGAUGGCGGUCCACUUCACCUCCACCCUUAUGGCUCUGAUCCGCACGGCUCUGGAGAUCAAAAUUGCUCGAGGUGGUGAGGACAGGGGUCAGAUGGACAUUGAGCUUCAGAAGGAAAUCAGUGUUAUCUGGCCUCACCUCUCCCAGAAAUCGCUGGACCUGCUGGUGCCGAUCCACAAAGCCAGUGAUAUGACCAUCGGCAAAAUCUAUGCAGCCAUGAUGAUCAUGGACUAUUACAAACAGAGCAAAGCCAAGAAACUCCGCCAGCAGCUUGAGGAGCAGAAACACGCGCCAAUGUUCCAGAGGAUGGACGCUUCAUCACUUCCGCAGGAAAUUCUCUCCAGUGCCAAAGCCCUUCCGUUCCUCACCCACAGUGCAGGAUCUGCACUAACCAGAGGAGGUUUCGUGGCUUUGAGCCCAAUCUCCCCUCAGGAACUUUUCAUGCAGCCUCCGAGUCCAGAACCCGAGGAGGAGGAAUACCGAGUGCAAUACCUUCCCCCAUCAGACCCGGUACCUGAGCACAGGGACUUUAGUGCCAUGCUGCAGGUGCCCGACAGAGCAGCGUCUAUCCGAGCCUCCUCCAUGCCCCGGCUGGCAGUAGAGCCACAGGCGGGUUCGGAAAAUAAGCUGAUGAAGCGCUCGUUCUCCACCAUCGGGGAUCAGUGUGUUAACGGCGUGUGGCAGGAGGAGUUCUCUCUGGAGCGGGUCAGUCCGGACCGGCUGGAGAGACCGAGGCAGAGGAGCUUCAGAGGUGUCAGGUCUAACCUAAGGGAGCCGGAUAGGAGAGAGAGAGGGCGAUCGAAGGAGAGGAAGCGGCUGUUGUCCCCCGACCCGUCUCGCUGUAACUCAGAGGACAGGAGCCAAACCCGCGAGGCACACUCCCGCUCACCCAGCCUGGGGAGAACACAGACACCACACACACAGGGUGACCAAUCAGCCAGUCCCCUGCACUCAGACUCCGGAACCCCCAGGGGGCGCCGUCAGCUUCCCCAGACGCCUUCUCGGCCCCGCCCGCACAUCUCCUACUCGCCACUAGUGUGUCGUGGCCAUCUGACGGCAGAGGACAGCCAAUCACGGACCCAGCCCGUCGGAGAGGGGGAGGAGUCAUCGUCCCGUGGAGCAGGCAGAGGGGUUAUAAGCCACGCCUCCCCGCAGCGCUACAUCUCAGAGCCAUACCUGCCGCUACAUGAGGACUUCAACAGCCCAGACGCCAGUUGCACCGAGGACACUCUCACCUUUGAGGUUGCCAUAGCAACAAGCCUGGGCCGCAGCAACGCCAUAAGCUCCGCCCCCCAGCUGCGGCACACCUGGCAGGUGCCCAACGGGCAUAUCCGUAAGCGUCUGGCGCAGGCGUCGGGGGGCACGUCGGGCUGCGAGCUGCUGAGUGACACUGACGAGGACGAUCGGUGCUGAAACAGUAGCAGAACCGACUGGACUGACCCGACGGUCCGGACUCAACUCUGGACUUCAUUACUGACCCUCAGUCUGACCGAUCACCUGGUGAUCAGUCAUCGUGUGUUUGUGUCUGUGAACAACAGGUGAUAUCUGCUCUGCACUGCCCGGCCAUACCCAGCAUUCCCAGUCUAGACCAGCUCUCCCAACAACAUCAACCAGUACAGAGCUUUACCCCAUUAACCCAUCUGUGUCCAGAACCUUCGUCACAACUUGUUCCAACUGGACAAAAGUCAGGAAGUUCUACACUACAGUUCACAGUCUAGUACACAGUCCAGCCAGAAUAUUAUGACCACCUCUUUUUAUGACACUCAUGUGAUUCAUUAAGGAAACACCAUGAAAACCUUCGUCUUUUUGAACAUAUUUAAUGAUAAAGAUCUUUGAGCUUCAUUUGAACAACAUUAAGAUGAUGAAGAGCUUAAAGCUGAUGUCUGUAAGUUUUGGGAUUUGGGGGACUUAGUGCCCUCUCUGGUGAGAAUAGGUAAUUGCACUGAAUCAUUUUAAACUGGGUGGGUGUGAUGCGGUCUCCUUUCCGAGUGGAUAAAUCUGAUUCCAGGUUAUGUUCAGUCAUAGAUAGAGAUAGAGAGAGAGAGAGAGAGAGAGAGAGAGAGAGUGCUCAGUCAGAAACUUCACUCCUUCGUUUCUUUGUUUUUACUAUGAGUGAAUGAGCUACUGAGCUCUGAGUUUCCCCUUCUGAAGUCUCCAUUGCUCCACCAGCCUGUCGUGUUCAGUAAAACUGAGCCGGAUCCUCUUUUAGAGGCUGUACGUGUGACGUAAGUAAGUAAAGACAUGUGAUUUGGUCAGAAGAAGAACUCCCGUGAAAAGUGACCCGACACCCCAGAUUUUAGAAUUAAUAUAUUAUUAUUAGGCUUAGCAGGAAUGGUCGUUUUAGCACACUGGUACCACAAUAUUAAACACAAUAUUUUAUUCCUUCUCCACUCAGAAAUGCUUCUGCUAGAAAAGUAAAUUCUUGAGUUUUAUUUGUUUGGUAAUAUAAUCUCCAUCCCUUAAUCUGUUCAAAUGAACCUCAAAAGCACGUACAAUUAAAAUAGUAAAAAAAAACAACAAAAAAAAAACCCAAAGGUCUUAAUGGGGGGUCCUUAUUAAACACUAAUCAUUCUGUUUUUCGGCAUACUUGAUUAUUAUCAUCUUGUCACGCUGUUCUUCAAUACUCAGGAUCCCACAGGAGAGAAAACACUGAUUAGCAUGGUGGUGGUGUAUAAGGUGCUGUAUGCUAGUUUGUGUGUUGUGCUGGUUUACAGUGAAUGGGUCAGAUGCAGCAGUGCUGCUGGAGUUUUUAAACACUGUGUUUAAUCACACACUGUCCUCCACUCUAUUACACACUCCUACCUACACCUGCUCCACCUUGUAUUCUCUAGUCCUUCAUCAGUGGUCACAGGACACUGUUGGUGGACAAUUCUUAAUCCUGCAGUGAAACUGAGGUGUUUAGAAACUCCAGCAGCACUGCUGUAUCUGAUGCACUCACUGUACCAGCACAACAAACAUUAACACCUCAUAAACCACCACCAUGCUAAUCAGUGUUACUCUGUGGUGGUUUUCUCUCCUGUGGGGUUUUUAUUACAGAACAGGAUAAAAAAGGACAAUAAUAUGCAGUAUACAGAGAAACAAAUACAGAACUACAGUCUGUAAUUAUAUAACUACAUAGUGCUCCUAUAUAUGAUCAGUGGAGUUAAUAAGAUGGACACUAAUUUGAUGAACAUCUACACUUACCCAUAUCAAUUUUAAUUAAAUUUUGUUUUAGAUAUAUUUAUAUGUAUUUAUAUUAAAUUGCAAACAUCACUUAAUCAGUAAUCUUCUGUGACCAAAAGACACAUUUAUCCUUUUUGUUCACAAUAUUCUGAUUUGAUUCUGAUUUGAGCUCAGACUCUAAAUACAAAUGAACCAAAGGUAAUAACAUUUCAGUUUACAGAACAGGAAAGUUGAGCUCAGUAGAACGUUCUCCUCCCUCUGCAGAACCCAAACACACAGGAGAAAGAACCAUUUCUGAAUACCUCUAAUGUCACUGAAACUGUGUGCUUUUAUUGGCGGAUCACAGAAACUCAGGAGAUUCACCUUCUCUAAAGACCUGGAGAAGUUCCAUCCAAUGCCGCGGUGUCCAGCACUGAGAGUGUGUGUGUGUGUGCUGAGAGUGUGUGUGUGCUGAGAGUGUGUGUGUGCUGAGAGUGUGUGUGGUGAGAGUGUGUGCUUUGGGGUAUAAGGGAAGAUUCAGUAAUUAAUUAGUCUAUACAGGCUUCGCCCAAAACACAUUCUAAUAUCUAAUCAUCUGUAGCUGCACCUCAUUAUGAUAUUAAGACUCUCAACAUAAAGACUCGUAACAUAAAGACUCAUAAAGAUUCGAAACAUAAAGACUCGUAACAUAAAGACUCAUAAAGCUUCGAAACAUAAAGACUCGUAACAUAAAGACUCAUAAAGAUUCGAAACAUAAAGACUCGUAACAUAAAGACUCACAACAUAAAGACUCACAACAUAAAGACUUGUAACAUAAAGACUAACAACAUAAAGACCCAUAAUAAGACUCACAACAUGACUCGUAAUAUAUAGACUCGUAACAUAAAGACUUGUGACAUAAAAACAGGUAACAAAGACUUGUAACAUAAAGACUCGCAACAUAAAUACUAACAACAUAAAGACUUGUAACAUAAAGACUAACAACAUAAAGACCCAUAAUAAGACUCACAACACGACUCGUAAUAUAUAGACUCGUAACAUAAAGACUUGUCACAUAAAGACUUGUAACAUAAAGAUGCGUAACAUUAAAAACAGGUAACAUAAAGACUUGUAACAAAGACUUAAUAAAAACUCAUAACAUACAGACUCGUAACAUAAAGACUUGCAACAUAAAGACUUGUAACAUAAAGACUAACAACAUAAAGACCCAUAAUAAGACUCACAACAUGACUCGUAAUAUAUACUUAACAUGAAAAAAACAGCUAACAUAAAGACUCGCAACGUAAAGACUAACAACAUAAGGACUUGUAACAUAAAUACAGGUAACAUAAAGACUCAUAACAUAAAGACUAACAACAUGAAGAAUCAUAAUAUAAAGACUUACAACAUUAAGACUUGUGACAUUAAAACAGGUAACAUAAAGACUUUUAACAUAAAGACUCGUAACAAAGACUUACAACAUAAAGACUCUUAACAUGAAAAAACAGGUAACAUAAAGACUCGCAACGUAAAGACUAACAACAUAAAGACUUGUAACAUAACAACAGGUAUCAAAAAGACUCCUAACAUAAAGACUUGUAACAUAAAGACACGUAAAAUGAAGACUUGUACCAAACACAUAACAAAAAGACCUGCAACAUAAACACUCUUAACAUAAAGAUUCUUAAAACAAAGGCUUGCAACAUAAAGACUCGUAAGGGUCCUGAAUAUUACCUUUACAAGAAAAUUACAUUUUCAUAAUUACAUUUUAUAAAUAAUAUAAAAAAGGCCUUGUUUCACAUAACUGUGUGUUUGUGGGCGGUGCUGGAGUAGAUUGAUUGAUUGUAGUGUUUUUUAGGGCGGUGCUGGUGUAAAUGGUGUAUCUGCUUGCUGGGAGUGAUGUGCUGGACAGUGCGUGAUCAUCUGCCCUCCACCAAAACAGAACCAGAACAUCUUAUUUUCUGAAGUCAUCUGAAAGCCAUGUUCUCCUGUACAACUCGUCCCGUCUCAUAUCAAUCUCUUUCUACCUGCACCUGAGUCUUUAUUCGGAGCAGCGGAGAGUGUUUAUAACAGGAGUGUGAUGUUCUUAUGCAUGGUGAAAUCACCAGUGUUUAGUUCAGCCCUGCAUGAGCAAGAGCAACACUGCUGAUUCUACUUCCUCUUCCUCCUCUUUCUGUUCUGUUAUUCCUCUCCUAUGCUCAUGUUCCUGAAGUUCCAGGAUGGAGGAUGGUGUGGGUGGCGUGAGUGUUAAUGCUGGGCGUCUGCAGUGUUUGUGUGGUUCCGGUUCUGUGUGUGGUUCUGGAAUGAUGUGGUGAGCUGUGUGCUGGAGGUCUCCCAGAUGGAGCACCAUCACUGGGUUGAGGCUGUAGGUUGUAGGAAGUUACUGGGAGUAUUGGUCAGUGUGAUGGUAACUCAAGUGUCAUCUUAUCAGAUAUGAGCAUCUGUCUAAUAUUAGUUUACAACAAAAUUAAAGUAUAUAAUUUCCCCCUCUUUUCUCAUGUUGUGUUAGAAUCAGGAGGUGGAACGGUGUGAUAUUAAUAUUAUUAAUCUGUAGCGCUGUAGAACGAAAACCUCAGACCUCUUCACGCUCUGCUGCAGGUUUUAGACUGGUUUGAUGUCUAAUGCAGUUAAAAAGGAAAUAAGAUUUCUGAUUUAUUUAAAAUCUGAUAUUUUCCCCACUGAAGGCAUGUUUCUGGGUCAAGUGUUGUGCUGUACUAUUUUGCACUGAUCAACCAUAACAUUAAAACCACUGCUAGGAAAAAUAAAUGACAUCAAUGAUCUGGUUCCAGUGGCCUCUGUAACAGGGCCAUAUGUAUAUAUAUAUAUUUACAUACAGUGGCAUGAAAAAAAAUUGCCCCCUCACAGAUAUCUUUUGUUUUUAUAUUUUUAUUAUACUUAAUUUUUUUUUAUUAUCAAACAAACUUUAAUAUCAGACAAAUAAAACCUAUAAAUAUAAAAAACACUUUUUAAAUGAUGAUUUGGUUUAACAAGGGAAAUCCAAAUCCAAAUCAGUCUAGUCCUUUCUGAAAAAGUGUUUAAUCACACUUUUAUCAUUUAAAAAAAGUGAUUUUUAUAUUUACUCAGGUAUAUAAAAAAUAUAAAAAUAAACAUUUACUUUCUGGAUGGGAUUCGUUUCUGGAACGUCUGUGUGUGUGUGUUUUUCUCAGACAUCCUUUAAAAAAAAUACAGGCUGAAUUGCCUACUGUUUUUCACUGAAUUCCAUGGUUUUCUAGUAAUUUUAGUCCCAUCCGGACUCACAUCUCUGAGUUUCUUUACCUUCCCUUAAAUAAAAUAGCUAUUUGUCCACUGCUACACACUGUAAUUACACUUGUUCGUUUCCACGGAGAUCCAUGUAAACACAACAGCGAGUGGAAAUGGAGGAGCUACUGAACAUGAUGUCAUGUGACCCAGAAAGCCAAAAAACUAAUUGGUCCUCCUGUUUUUUCAAUUGCAGUCCAAAUGCAAGAGUUUUAUAACUGUGUAAAAGUGUGAAAUAUUUUUCAAAGACAUCCCCCUAAGAAACUAAUCCCGUCCGGAUAGGACUUUUGUCUGAUAUUAAAGUUUGUUUACAAGUUUGUUUGUAACAAAAUGAAAAAAACUUUAAAAAAAGGGGCAAAUACUUUUUCACACCACUGUAUACACACCAGUAUAUUAGUACCUAUAUAUAUAUGUAUUAGUACCUAUAUAUAGAAGUACCUACCAAAAGCAGUAUAAGCUCCAUAAGUAUAAGCCAACAACCAGUGAUCCAGCUCUGACUCAUGGUCAUGUGAUUAAGACUCACAGGUCAGAGCUGGAGUGGUCCGCACAAUAUUAGGCUGGGAGUUUUAAUGUUAUGGCUGAUUGGUGUGUUUGGUGCACGUUCUUUAGCACCACAGCUGUGUGAAAUGUGAGUUUUAAAAGGUUCCUCUUAUGCCUGAUACUGUGGUGUAGAACAUGUAGGACGUGUACGAAUAGUUGGAGAGUGUUGGACAGUUUGAACACAGACAUUAUGUGUUUAGAAUUUGUUUGUGAAAAGAUUUUGUUUUUAAUUUUGCACUCAAAUCCCAUUGAUUAAUGAUUCAUAUUUAAUAAAACAUCUCAGGCUUUCCUGACA